AUGACCAAACCGCUGUCGAAAGACUCCCGACCAGCAGAGGCGUUGUCUCUGGCCAACUUCACUAAAUCGCAGGCGAACGGUAACUGGUUUGCCCAGAAAGCGGUAUGUGAGACCGUUGCCAUUGAUGACCCGUGGCGCUGGGAUCACGCUGGAACCCGCAUCUCGGACUUGCUAAAAUGGUUGGCAAAAGCCGGUGAGCGACGAGCUCUCCACGGCCCCGAUCAGCAGAUAUUGGGCAGGUCGACAAUUCGCAUGCACGCUGCCGAGGACAGCUCCUGCGACCAGUCGAGAGAGUGGAGACGACUGGUGCCCAAGUGCCGGGUUUUGGAAGAGUUCACAGUGGCUUAUUCGGCGUCAAAUCUAUGGCCGCGGCCUCGACACCAUGGUGUUAUCUGCAACGGCGACGAAAGGGCCAAGCCGGGCGUCGAUGCGGUACGGCGCGAGAUGGACAAGGGCAGCGCUCCUGACGGAUGGGAUGGAAUGGAUGACUUGCAGCUGUUCUUGUGUAAUGCUGGACAUUGCAAGGCCAUUCACCAACCAGGGCUUGCGCGGACUGGCCGGACUCGAGGUAUUUGGUACUGCCUCUUGUGA